AUGUGGUCGGUCUUUUUGAGGGACCUUUUACUGGGUGGCUACAGCACAGGUGGAACCUCUGAUGCCGGGGGCGUUGGGAUUGACGACAAGUUGAACAUCCUCGUUGAGAUCACUUUAGACCGUCCUCAUGUGUUUCCCAUA